GUCUUCCCUCUAAAAAUGGUCAUCUCCUUCCUCUCCCGCUCCGACAUCCUCUGAAACACCAAAAACAAAAAAAAUGUCUCUGAUUCUUCUAAACCCUCCUCCACCACUCCUUACAUUCCUUAAACCCAAACCCAAAGUCCUUCUUCUCUCUCCCACCAAAUCCUCCCUCAAACCCCUUAAUUCCACCAAACUCCCCUCCCUCCUUCCCUCAAAUCCCACCACCACCACCCAAAAACCCCAUCACCACCCACUCUCCCAAACCCUCCAAUCCCUCAAUUCCCUCAAACCCUACCUUCUUGCCCAAGCCAAACCCAUCCUCGCCGGCUGGCUCUGCGGCCUCGUCUCCGUCCUCUCCCUCUCCAAGCUCGUCCCCAAGGUCGGCCAGCUCUCCACCGUUUUGACCAACGUCGACGCUCUUCGCCUAAGGGACGAAGGUUUGGUCUUGGGGGCUCUGGUCUUGGUUCGCCUGGUCGCCAGCUAUUGGCAGCAAGCGCUUCUGUGGGACGCGGCGCUGAACGCAGUGUAUCGGAUUAGGUGCUAUGUCUUCGAGAGGGUUCUGGAGAGAGACCUGGCGUUUUUCGAAUGCGGGGACGGCUCCAUCUCGGCCGGAGAUAUCGCAUAUCGGAUCACCGCCGAGGCCGCGGAUGUUGCCGAUACGGUCCAUGCUGUUCUCAAUACCAUUGUACCUAGUACUAUGCAAUUAUCAGCAAUGGCGGCACAGAUGUUAAUUAUCAGCCCUACCCUUUCUUUGAUUUCAGCUGUGCUGAUUCCAUGUAUGGCUCUUGUCAUUGCCCAUCUUGGUGAGAAACUUAGAAAGAUAUCUAAGGAGGCAAAUAAGAGUGUUGCUGCCCUCUCAGCCUAUUUACAUGAGGUCCUCCCUGCUAUUCUAUUUGUGAAAGCAAACAACUCAGAGCUGUGUGAGAGUGCCAGGUUUCGAAAGCUUGCUCACACCAACUUAUCUGAACAAUUGAAUAAGAAGAAAAUGAAGGCAUUCAUUCCUCAGAUGAUACAGAGUAUAUAUUUUGGAGCAUUAUUUGCUUUUUGUGCUGGUUCACUGGUGGUUUCAAGUGGUUCUUUUGACGGCUGUAGCAUGGUUUCGUUUGUAACAUCAUUGGUUUUUUCAGUUGAGCCAAUUCAGGGCGUGGGAAAGGCAUACAAUGAGUGGAAGCAAGGAGAACCAGCCAUUGAGCGCCUGUUUGAUUUGACCAGGUUUAACUCUAAGGUGAUCGUGAAAUCAGAUGUCAUUGAUUUAGAUGAUGUCACAGGGGAGGUGAAAUUUUGUGAUAUCUCAUUUAGAUAUGGGGAUAAUAUGCCCUUUGUUUUGAAUGGAUUGAACCUCCACAUCAAAGCUGGAGAGACAAUUGCUCUUGUUGGGCCCUCUGGAGGAGGAAAGUCAACCCUUGUAAAAUUACUUCUUCGGCUUUAUGAUCCUUUAUCUGGCUGUAUACUUAUCGAUAACCAUAACAUCCAAGACAUCCGGUUGGAUAAUUUGAGGAGACAUAUAAGUUUCGUUUCUCAAGAUAUAACAUUGUUUUCAGGGUCAGUUGCCGAAAACAUUGGAUAUAGGGAUCUGAUGUCAAAAAUUGACAUGGAGAGGGUUGAGCAUGCAGCACGAACUGCAAAUGCUGAUGAAUUUAUCAGAAAACUUCCAGAAGGGUACAAAACUAACAUUGGACCAAGAGGCUCGAUUUUGAGUGGAGGCGAAAAGCAAAGACUAGCUCUUGCAAGGGCACUAUAUCAGAAUUCCUCUAUAUUGAUAUUGGAUGAAGCAACUUCUGCUUUAGAUAGUAGGUCUGAGUUAUUGGUGAGACAGGCUGUGGAGCGCAUGAUGGAAAAUCAUACUGUACUGGUCAUUGCACACCGGUUGGAAACAGUUUUGAUGGCUAAACGAGUAUUCCUUUUGCGUGAUGGGAAGCUGGAGGAGCUAACUCGCUCGACUCUUUUGGGCGGUCACCAUGACUUGGCGGCAUCCACUGGGCUUGUGAUUUGAGGGAACUUCCAAAGGUGUGAUGGAAGGAGUGACAUCUUAUAAAAUGGGACCACCUUGAGGACUUAUAAAUUAUUUUAUAUACUAUAUGGAGUAAUUUGUAAAUUAUCCCAACUAUAAGGACCUAUAAAUUAUUUUGCAUACCAUAUAGAGUGAUUUGUAAUUUAGGUCAACCACAAUGAUCAAUUUUGCAUUUAUCUCUAAUAAUUUACAUUAAAGUUUCACAA